CGACAAGAAGCAACGGAAAGGAGAGCAUCCGCUGGACGCGUCGAGUGGUCAUUGUGUCCACCUGCGUAGCACAUCGUGCAGCACACAGAGCACGCUCCGCCCUGUGCCUCGGAAAAAGACUGUGCGCCUCUUUCGAACGUACGGCGACUCUAACCUUCCCAUAGACGCAGGCACGCUGAAUCUUCAGGGGGAAGAAAAAAGGAACUCGCAGGGCCUGACUGGCAGCUGUGCGACUGGAGCUUUAUAGUGGGGAACUCGUGUUAUCGCUGACCAAUUAUUUGCGCCUGCGCCAUUCGACACUGCUGUGCUGGAGACGACGUACAAAGCGCAAUGUGGAUCACCAGUGCCUUUUCCGCGUUCAUCGUCACUUCACUACAGUUUGCCGUCGAGCAGUCAGAAGCAACUGCAGCACAGGGCGAUACUGGAACCGGGAAAACGUGUGAACAUACUGACGUGGCAAACUGCAUUGUACGUGGCAUAGGAGACUUUGUCGAGAAAUUGCAGUCACCAUCGUCGAAGCUGAAGCAGUUCCACGUCUCAUAUCUCGACAUGUGCACGCCCCAGCACCUGUCAGCAUGCAGGCGUCAGCACAACAUGCAAAGCUGCACAGACGAGGCGGAACGUGCGCUAGCCCAUUUAGAGGCGGGUGUGUCAUCUGCUUUGGGAGUGUUGUGCGCGAACAACGGGACCCUCUUACACAACAUUGUUGAGGGACUGUCGUGCUGGGAGGGAAACAACUUCUUCGAGUGCAUCAGGAAGAAGAACGUGGCCUCCUCAAGCGCAGGCUUCUUCGAGGGGCGCCUUGACAUAUGCAGUGCUCGCAGCCUUUUGACGGACGUCUUUCGACAGUGCGCAAUGAAUGACAUCAGCCGCCAGCAGAGGUGUGCAGAGAAGCCAGAUACUAGGGGCAUUCGCCAGCUUGAAGAUAUCGUUGCUGACGACGUCCAGUGUGCCGGCGGUGGUGGCAGGUGCCCGAGAUGUGACACUCUGCUCUCUAUCACAGUCGGCCUGCUGGCGUUUGUUGUGUCAAAUAAAUGCCAGUGAAAACUG